GGCCCCGCGGCGGGGAGCGGAGCGCGGCGCCCCGGCCCCGGUCUGCUGAGGUGACCUCCUCCCCGGGAAGUCGGUCGCUUCUCAGCCCCGGAUCGCCGGCGGCUCCGGGCCACCUGUGAGUUUUCCGCCUGGCGGGUGCUGUCCAGGUUUGCCUCUCAGGCUGCUUUUGACUACUCUGGACAGUAGCAGCAUAUAGAAUCUGACAUGAUUCUUCCCAGUUGUACUGCUGCAAAUGGAAUUCUGAGUCCAAGGAAUGAAAAUUAAUAGGACUUGUUGGUGUUCCUUCUGCUAUAGCCCGGCAAAUCUCUGAGCAGCAGCAGAGGAGACCUGCAAACAAAAAGUGAAGUAGAAGCCAUUAACCCACCUUGUUCAGAGAGAACAUUAUAUCAGCACAAUAUGGCACAGCAUAGUAUUGUCCUUGGAUUAUUCAUGAUGACUGUUUUAUCACUGUUGGAUGGAAGUUCAGCUUUCCUGUUAAAUCAGCGUCUGAAGGGAAGAUUUCAAAGGGACCGUAGAAACAUCCGCCCAAACAUCAUCCUUGUUCUUACUGAUGAUCAGGAUGUAGAACUUGGUUCUAUGCAAGUGAUGAAUAAAACAAGGCGGAUCAUGGAACACGGAGGUGCUCAUUUCAUCAAUGCCUUUGUGACAACACCUAUGUGCUGCCCGUCUCGCUCCUCUAUUCUCACGGGGAAGUACGUCCACAACCACAACACUUACACCAACAACGAGAACUGUUCUUCUCCCUCCUGGCAGGCGCAGCACGAAAUACGUACAUUUGCGGUGUACCUCAACAACACAGGGUAUAGGACAGCUUUCUUUGGAAAGUACCUUAAUGAAUACAACGGCUCUUAUGUUCCUCCUGGUUGGAAGGAAUGGGUUGGAUUGCUUAAAAACUCUCGAUUUUACAACUACACACUCUGUAGAAAUGGAGUGAAGGAGAAGCAUGGAUAUGACUACUCCAGGGAUUAUCUAACUGAUCUGAUUACCAAUGACAGUAUUACCUUCUUCAGAAUCUCAAAGAAGAUGUAUCCUCACAGGCCUGUACUGAUGGUUAUAAGCCAUGCUGCUCCUCACGGCCCUGAAGAUUCAGCCCCUCAGUACUCACAUCUCUUUCCUAAUGCCUCACAGCACAUCACUCCCAGUUAUAACUAUGCUCCAAACCCAGACAAGCACUGGAUAAUGAGGUACACAGGUCCCAUGAAACCGAUCCAUAUGGAGUUCACUAACAUGCUACAGAGAAAGCGCCUUCAAACACUCAUGUCUGUGGAUGACUCUAUGGAGAUGAUUUACAAUACAUUAGUUGAAACAGGUGAACUGGACAAUACAUAUAUAAUCUACACAGCAGACCAUGGGUAUCAUAUUGGGCAGUUUGGGCUGGUGAAAGGGAAGUCCAUGCCAUAUGAGUUUGAUAUCAGAGUUCCUUUCUACGUCCGAGGUCCAAAUGUGGAGGCUGGAUCCUUGAAUCCUCACAUUGUGUUGAAUAUUGAUCUUGCACCUACAAUUCUAGAUAUUGCUGGAUUGGAUAUUCCAUCUGAUAUGGAUGGUAAAUCAAUUCUAAAGCUUCUGGAUUCUGAGAGACCAGUGAAUAGGUUCCAUUUAAAGAAAAAGAUGAAGGUGUGGAGAGACUCGUUCCUAGUAGAAAGAGGUAAACUGCUGCAUAAGAGGGAGAAUGAGAAGGUAGAUGCUCAAGAAGAAAACUUUCUACCCAAAUACCAGCGUGUGAAAGACCUCUGUCAGCGAGCUGAGUAUCAAACGGCUUGUGAACAGCUUGGCCAGAAAUGGCAGUGUGUGGAAGAUGCCAGUGGAAAGCUCAAGCUACACAAGUGCAAGGGAAUGGCGAGCUUGGCAGCUGCAGGCAACAGCAAAGGCACCUCCAAUAUUUUGCCCAAGUAUUACAGCAGGAAUAGUGAAGACUGCAAUUGUGAAGAGAACGAAUACAAGCUGAGCCACGUCGGGCGGAGGAAGAAACUCUUCUCCAAGAAAAAAUACAAACCCAGCUACGUCCGCAACCGCUCCAUCCGCUCGGUGUCUGUGGAGCUGGAUGGGGCUGUUUAUAACGUGGCUUUGGAGGACGGGUACCAGCCCGUCUUGCCGAGAAACAUCACCAAGAGGCACAAGAUGCAGAGAGCUGUUCUUCGCGAGGAGGAAGACAAAGACAUGGGGGAGUUCAGCGGCACCGGUGGCAUUGCAGAGUACACAGCCCCAAACCUGAUAAAAGUGACUCACAGGUGCUAUAUCCUGGAGAAUGACACCGUUCAGUGUGACACGGAUCUGUACAGGUCACUGCAAGCUUGGAAGGACCAUAAACUUCAUAUUGACCAUGAGAUUGAAACUUUGCAAAAUAAAAUCAAAAACCUGAGGGAGGUGAGAGGGCACCUGAAGAAGAAGCGACCUGAAGAGUGUGACUGUAACAAGAUAAGUUACCACUCAAAACACAAGAGCAAACUGAGGCACAAGGGAUCCAGUCUUCAUCCUUUCAAGAAGGCCCUCCAGGAGAAGGACCGGCUGUGGCUGCUUCGGGAGCAGAGACGGAAGAAGAAACUGCGUAAACUGCUGAAGAGAAUCAAGAACAACGACACGUGCAGCAUGCCCGGGCUGACCUGCUUCACCCACGACAACCAGCACUGGCAAACGGCUCCCCUCUGGACACUGGGCCCUUUCUGUGCCUGUACCAGUGCCAACAACAACACAUACUGGUGUUUGAGGACAAUCAACGAGACCCACAACUUCCUGUUUUGUGAAUUUGCUACUGGAUUUUUGGAGUAUUUUGAUCUCAAUACCGAUCCGUAUCAGCUAAUUAAUGCAGUGAAUACGCUGGAUAGAGACGUUCUCAAUCAACUGCACGUCCAGCUCAUGGAGCUCAGAAGCUGCAAAGGGUAUAAACAGUGCAAUCCAAGAACCAGGAACAUGGAUCUGGGACUUAAAGAUGGAAGCUACGAGCAGUACAGGCAGUUUCAGCGUCGAAAGUGGCCAGAUGUGAAGAGACCAUCAUCUGCCAAGUCACUAGGACAACUGUGGGAAGGAUGGGAGGGGUAACCUCCCCCAGCCGCUGCACCUCCAUGAGGAUACAAACUGGCCAGAACUUGAAUCCAUGUACAGACUAAAUGAAAGACUUCAGAAGAAUCUCACGUGAGCCUGGAGGAGUGGCUGAACUUUGAGGCUGAAAUAGAUAGAAUGUUUGCACUGGUGAGUUACGUAGAAGCAGUGAAAUUGUGGGAAAGGCUGUCAGAAAUACAGGUCUCUGAAAUCCACUAUUGCACCUGCUUUUGCUUUGGAUGAUACCUCACCUGCUGCAAAGGCAUCUCCCUUCAAAAGGACACCACUAACACUGCCCAGAGCUGAGGGGGAGGAGACGCAGCCGCAGCCCCCGGAGGGUCCCAGCCCGGCGGCACAGGGACAGCAUCGCUCAGCUCCACUUCAGAUGGCACGAGAAAAACCUCAAAGCCAAGUCUAACUCCAAAGCAAGACUGAGACAAGAUGGACGCUUUUGCUUCUAACUGGGGUAAAGGUAAUGGUGGAAAAGAACUUUUUAAGAGAUUCAGGAACUGAAGCGAGCAGCGUUGAAUAUUCUCAACACCAUCGUAUUUCUCAGAUUUCCCCUGAGGAUACGGUUUAGUUCCACAUCUAUUUGUCCAUCCAUUUGACACCUCUAGGAAAAUUAGAGAAAUUAUUGACUAACAGGACGCCAGAUUUUUGGAGGGGUUGUGUAAAUAUUGAUCAAUAUACUGUUUGAAAAUAAAUUCCUUCAGGUUGUGAAGAAUUUUGUUAAUAAAAAGAGUGGAAUGCCCACACACCAUUUCGCAAAACGUUACUUAAUGUUGCAUAGUACAUUUCACAAUUUAUCCAUUUUUAAAAGUACUGAAAAUUUUCAGUAAAUGUACAUCUUAAAUUUUAAUGAAAUCAGAUUUGUAUGAAGUUUUUUUAUGUGGUAAUAUUAUAUUGUAUGUUCAAAACCAAAACAACUCCUUUGAGAAAGCAGUAUUUGCUUAGUAGUGUAACUUUUACAUUUAUUUUUAAAAAAGGCAGCUCCAAGAAGUUCAAUACUUGUAGCCAAUAAAGAACAAUCUAGUUAUAGCUCAGUCUACAAAAAAGUAGAUGUUCUGAAUGACAGUUACUGUUUAAAGGCUUUUAAAGGGAAAAAAACCAUCAUUUUACUACAGAAGCACAGUGUACAGAGCUGAUUUGAGUAUUUUCAUAAGAACAUUAUUAAAUGCAUUGUAGUACAGGCACUAGCAGUGAUAUUUGUAUUUAUAUUUUUUUCACAUUAAUCUGCUACCUGUUUCUAAGGCAGAUGCAGGAGGAAGCUCGUGACAGACUCGACCAACUGUGGCCUUCACUCUUAACCAAGAGGUACUUCCUUCCAAAACACCAACUUCACUUGCACUCCUAGAAACAGAGUGUGACAAUACAUCACAGACCUUAUUUCAGUGCCCUUCCAGAUCUCGCACAUUAUGAAACCCAAGGAAUUACUUCACAAGGGAUAGAGGUCUCUGGGAGCACAACCCUUACUCCAUAAAUGUACUUUAACUUCUUGCCCUGUGCAGCUGAGGGAGGGAGGGCAGUGGGGUCUUUCACUGUACACAAUAUAUAGUAAAAUGAGGCUUGAGCUUCUAUUUGUAUCACACGUGAAAAAGACAAAUACACUCCCCAACAUUUUCUUGCAAAUUUUUUUAAAUUAUGGAGUUAAUACAUGAUUGUCUGUCUUAAUUGAGCCACAGAGUUUGUUUACAACCUGGUAGAGAUUUCAUGCGUUACGAAUAACACCUGCCAGAUGAUGAGAUCUGGAUUAAUACAAAUAGGUAAAAAAUACUAAAUUUAAACUUGCUGACAGAAACAGCUUUUUGCUGCUUUUCAGAGAAAGGCAGUAACUGCUUACCCUUCCCAGGGAGCACGGAGAAAGAAUUUAGAUUUAAAAAAACUUGUACUUACCUUUAUUUUGUGUUCAGCCUGUAGUCUCCGACAGGGUGAGGCAGUGCCCGUCAGAACCCAGUGCUGCUGCUGCGGCGGCGGCGUUCCCGGUCGGAGGCCUGAGGAGUCAGCAUCUCCCUCUGUACAGUGUUGAGCUGCAGGGUUUGUGUGUGACGCCAGAAGCAGCUGUUAUUUUAUAAAGGUAGGUCAUGGCCAAGUUGUGGGGAAAGCUCCCACCUCUUCUCCUUGCGGCGCUGCUGAAUUAUUGUUGCUAUUGAAGUCGAAAAAGACAUAAAUUCCACACCGUGUCAGUGCAGCUUUAGUUGCUAAAUGGGUCUCACAGGUGGAAGGUCUAAGUUGUUACUCCCUUUGCUUUUACAGCCAACUAAAAAAAAAAAUGUAAACCAUUUUCUAUACACAGCUUUACUCGGUAAUAGCACAGGGUUUUCUCUGACCUUUCUGGGAUAUAGUCAUCAGCCUUAAAGCAUUAGACAGCUACUGCACUCCAUCACCAAGUUCUGAUUUUAAAUAGAAACCUUUAUUUACAUUAUUAUUAACAUCCAAACACAAAAAUCAGAAGAGCAGUAAUACCUUACAACCAACUCUUUUAUAAAUCAGUCCCCGUGAUUUUUCUGUUCUGCGACAUAAAGGUACAGGUAUUUCAAGCAAUACUUAAUGUAAACUAAACUUAAAUGCAAUUCUCAAUACUGUAUGCCUUCUCCUGAGAAUUUUUUAAAAUAUUGCUCUCAGAAUUACAUGGUUUCAUACUUGCUGUAUCAUUCUGUCAUCUGGUAGUCUGCACAGAAAUUCUAAAAUAAAACGUGUGCUAAUUGGUACAA